CAAUCUCCUCCCUCCAUCGUCCUGCAGAUCAACGUAUCCGAGAGGCUGCUUGUGAGCAGAUGUGUUCGGCGGGUCCGUGUGUGGGAUGCUGUGGAAAGUGUGCUGCGGCGCAGUGGAGAAGUGGAGUACAGAGCGUGGAAAUUAAAGGAGGAGACGGUGGGGUGAUACCUGCGUGCUGCAGUGGUGGAAGUUCCCCCCCCCCCACACUCCCCCACCCCACCAGCACCAACAACAAGCCUCCUCAGAAGCGCACCUCCUGCCCAUGUAAUAUUGAUGAAAAAAGAGAGGCGAAAUAUUCUGGUCACGUUUUGGGGCUGUCAGCCGGCUGUCCUGAAGAGCACCGGAGUGGAACCUGGUCCAGUAUCGGAGACGGACGCCCGCAGUAGGAUGUAAACGGAGUUGCCGCUCUUCACACGGGUUUUAUCGCAACUACAGUGGAGCAGUAGCAAUCACCGCGUUAGGGGUCCUGUCAGGGAUGCUGCUGCCCACCUGCUGGGUGCGUGCGGUUUGCACUCCGAGAAGAAUUGACUGAGAUAAUGAAGGCCCUGAUCGAUUGUCUCACUGCGGACAUCGGGAAUGCCUAAGACAGCCAAGACCGUCCUGACCCCUCAUCCCCCGCCGCCCCACUCUUCAUCGACGACGAUGAAUUGGUGUGGUAGCAGCUGUUGCUAUGUGUAAAGGAGUACCGUGGCACCAAUGGAGACCGAAGGCUAUCGUGACCUCCCGGAGACCAGCGAUGGUCACGGGGUAGGCCUCCUGGAUGGACGGGGUGGGGGUGGGGCAGAGGAGGACUGGAGCACCCCAUAUCCUCUUGGCUUCCAGGUGUCUUUGACCACAGUGCUGAUCCUGGAGCUGGUACUGGGCUUCAGCAGCAACUUGACUGUACUCGUGCUAUACUGCGCCCAGUCCAACCUGGUGGACUCGGUCAGUAACCUGGUCACCGUCAACCUCCACGUUCUGGACAUACUGGUGUGUGUGCUGUGUCUGCCGCUGACGGUCGCCGUCAUCUUGCUGCCAGCCAAUGGAAGCGGCGUCGGGAGCUUGGCCACGUUGUGCUGUUUUCACGAAGCCUGCGUCACGUUCACGAGUGUGGCCACAGCUGUGAAUGUCCUGGUGAUCAGUUUAGACCGCUACGACAUCUCUGUGCGUCCAGCGAGUCGCCUCUUGAACCCUCGCCGUGCUGGACUGCUCCUGGCAGCAGUGUGGGUCGUCUCUCUGGCCGUCUUCUUCCUGCCUUUCCUCGAAGGUGACUUUUUCUCCUCAACAACCGAGGACAGUGAGGAUGCGGAGCCAGGGAGCCUGAACAAUGACUUUGAGUCCAUUACAGGAACCACAACCAUUUUUUCUUCUCUCGCACCUUCGGUUUUACCCUCAACGCACCCUUCCUCCCCCUCACACCACCUUUCUCCAAAAUGGCAGAACAGAACACUGCUGUGUAUUGGGGGGCAAGGCUACUACACAGGAAUGGCGAUGUAUUACCACUUGCUACUCCAAGUGCCCUGCUUCUUCAUCGCGGUGGUUGUCAUGCUGUUCACCUACUCCCGCAUCCUCCAGGCGCUCAACAUUCGGAUCGGUUCCCACAUGAUGAGGAGUAACCGUACCAAGGACUCGACCUGCAGGAUACGCUGCAGGAGGACGAAGAAGAAGGACCUCACCUUGCCAACAGAGGUCGUGUCCUCCAAUCAGAACCAGAAUCGCUCUCAUCCUCCCCUCAUCCCAUCUCCCACCCCGACACCGACAUCCCCGCCCCCGCUCUCCUCCAUGCCCCAGGGGAUAUCCGACAGCGGCGCGACGGUCACAACCGUCAGUACGGCCGCCACCACCCCCAUCGCCACCACACCCGCCACCCCUGCUUCUCCGACUCCCGCUUCAGGAUCCGCGCAGACCCGCGCCACCGCCCCGCUACCGGCUUCCUCCAUGGGUGUCCAGGCCUCGGUUUCUGCGAUCAUCGCCUUGAGACGGGCCGUUCGUAGACAUAGGGACCGUCGGGAGCGCCAACGUCGCGUCCUUAAAAUGUCUCUCAUCAUUAUAUCCACCUUCUUGGGCUGCUGGGCUCCAUUGUCCGCAGUCAACAUUCUGAUCCUGUGUAUGGGCCCCAGCGACGGUUUGGUGCGGAUCCGUCUUUGCUUCCUGGCGAUGGCUUACGGAACAACAAUCUUUCACCCUCUGCUCUAUGCUUUCACGAGGCAGAAGCUGCGCCGGGCCCUGAAAACACGAGUCAAGAAAAGAGUCGUGUCUCUUCUGCAGGUGGACCCGGCUCCCAUUGGAGGGACAGUCAUUCAUAACUCCUGGGUGGAGGGGGGUGGCCAGAGGAAGAGUCGCAAGCCCCGAGUGGAGGCCAGCGACGGCACUGAUCGAUGCCUCACCGAGGCAGUGAGGGAAUGAGGCUGGUUUUCGGUGUGAGCCCGUCGUGCGUGUCAAGCGUGCGUUUGCGAUUUGAGGGAUCGUAUGCCAGUGUCUGUUGAGGAAUGCUGCGUAUAUCCUUGCAUGUGUGUGAGAAGCUGUUAGUUUACAAAGGCCAGAUUCCAGGUCAGAGGGUCGAAACAUGAGCCGCUGCACUCCCAACAUAAGCUAGACGAUCACAUUUCACUCUCUCCGUGGCAGCAUAUGAACUCCAGUGAACACAUGAUGGUGACGCCACACAUGAAAAUAUCCCACAAUCCAGCAUAAGGCUUAGAUGAUCAGUUAAAAAUUGCUCUUCCGAACAUGUGCACAGACAGUCCCCACAAUACUUCCCCACAUAAACUUACACUGCACACUGCUCUGCGCUUAGUCAUUAAAAAGCACACAAACAUUUAUUAUAUCUACCUGCACACAUAUUCUCAAUGAGAACAAAUCUUGAGGUCUAUCUUUCCCCUGAAAUCCACCCUCGUCUUUUCAUGCCUUAAUUGAGUUCAUGAAAUAUGCGUGUGGUGCUGAAUGUCCUGUUGUACGUUUACAGAGUAGUGGUCGCGGGGAGACUUCACGCUGGCGCAACGUCCUGGUGAGUAAUUACAAAGGUUCAGAAGUUUACAUUGUGAAAUUACCAGCAAACUGGUCAAAUAAAAGAAAGUACAAUUACAAAUAAUUUCAAAGGCAUUACUGUAAAAAUAAUAAUAAUAAUCAUCAUCAUCUCAAGUAGUUUUGAAAGCAGCAUUGGAGGUUGCGUGAUACUGUUGUGAUUGCGAGCGUGUGCUGAAAUGAAAGUAUUGACCCGCUAAGAUGUGAACACACAAUUGUUGCUUCUCGAUUGACCGUCGAGUUUACGCAGUUCAGCAAAGGGGCUUGACAGCAGGGGGCGCUGGGGUUGACUUUAAUUAUGUGGCUCAUUAAUUGCGUUUGUAGUAUGUGUAAAUGACGGGCCACUGUACAACCACUGCAUCACAUCAGAUUUUCAGUGGAAAUCAAAAGGGCAAUAUUUUUGUGAAACCCGUCUCUAGUACUUGUAAAACGGAGAACUGCUGAAAUAGGAGAAAACCACAUGCUGUUCAAUUUUGAAACUCUCGAUUUGGAAUGAACUUUGAGACGGAUGGGCCUUUGCCAUCGACAGCACUGAGUCCUUGACGUAUUUACACUGUACCUGUGUUUCUCUAUUUCCUCAGGGCUCACAUUUACGAACGUGCUGGACAUGAAAUGCCAAAACCAGCCCUCAAUCAGCUAUUCUAUUGUGUGUGUUACCGUAAGUAAAGAUUUAUGUCACUCCUUAAGGUAGAGAAGACAUCAAACUUUGUACAAACUCCUGAAGGCUUGGAAACCACCUCAGGUUUUGGGCUAUCGUCAUACUCUCACACCUUUUACAUAAAUGGUGAACCAAACCGAAGUCAAUAAUACUUGUGUGCUCGUGUACAUUUUUUCAGGGAUGUAAAUAUUUGAAGUGUCAGAUCUGGGGAUUUAGUCAAAGAGAUUUUUUUUUCUUCCCCUCUUCUUUUUGGUCAAAAAAAAAAAAAAAUCAUCUGCCGGACAGAAAGAGAGCCAUGCAUUGUGAUGAAGUGAGUUACUGUAAAGAGAGAGGCUACAUGUACUCAAUCGUAUUUGUGUUCAUGUGUGUAAACAGUAUUGUACAUUCAUGACCCUGUGUAUAGAGAAAUAUUAGUAUUGUAUAAAAAUUUAUAUGACUGUGUUAUUGUAUAGAACAGAAUCUGUAUUAAAAUGUAAUCUAUGA